UAAAUAUCGAUCAGGGAAACCAAUAAUUUAAUUACCUUUUUCUACUCUUAUUCGUUCUUGUCAAUUGCUGGAUACUUUCUCCCCUUCCUCUUCUAGCUCCUUUCAUCCGACAAAACAAGCCUUAAACCCGCUUCUUCUGGUAAUCAUUUCGAAGCACAUAACAAAUCAAUGGCUUCCGUAUUUGAGCUGUCUCAAUUCUUGUAGCUCAACAAAUUAAAUAAACCGCUGAAUCUAUCACUGCUAUGGUUCUUAUGCAUAUUUGAGCUACAACGCAGACAGUAGGUUCAACCAGUUCUGAUACAGACUAUAUAAUUAGUUGCAGAAAGCAAUGGAUCCUGAAUUGCUUAUACUUGCACAAAAAGGAAUGAAUCCUGAAUUGUACGCAGCAGCACAGUUAGGUGAGUGGGCUGUAAUUAGAAGAUUUUCGGGCAAGUUCCUGACUCAGAGGACUCCAAAAAGAAACACUGUCCUUCACGUAUUAGCCCAGUCCUGUGACUCUGCAGAUGUAGUCCAACGCAUCCUUGCACGAAAUGGCAGUUUGCUAACGGUAAAGAAUGCUCGUGGUGAGACUGCACUUCAUUUGGCCGCAAGAAAGGGGCAUUCUGGCGUUGUUCGAGCACUUAUUGAUUAUAGUAAACAGAACAAAGGAUGUUGGUUUUGUGCCUGUUUCGUCGACAGAUGCAAGAGGAUGGUGAGGAUGGCUAAUGUGGAUGGAAACACAGCUUUACACGAGGCAGUUAAGAACAACUUCUAUGAGGUUGCUAAGUUGUUGGUUCAAGAAGAUCCUGAGUUCCGAUAUCGCCCCAAUCAUGCUGUGGAGACUCCUCUAUAUCUCGCAGUUGAGAAGGGAUAUCGGGAUACUGCGGAGCUGAUUUUGACGACUUGCAAAUCACCAGCUUAUCUUGGCCCCGGCCACAAAACCGCCCUUCACGCUGCAGCAAUAUGGAAUUUGCCAGAACUCAUGGUGCGGAUUUUGCAAAAGCUGCCUCGCAUUAUCAAAAGGGUCGAUAAAUUUGGAUGGACUGCGCUUCAUUAUGCUGCUAAAUUCAAUCGUCAAGACGUGGUAAAACUAUUAUUAUCUGCUAAGGUAAAACUAUUCUUAUCUAUGGCUUAUGUUGCUGCCCGCAAGGAUGACUCCAAGACUGCUCUACAUGUUGCUGUAAUUGAGGGACAUUUAGGUGUGGUGCAAGAGCUUUUAUCCGAUUGCCCAGAUUGUUGGGAGAAGUGCACUAAUAAACAACAGAAUAUCCUUCAUCUUGCAGUAAAAUAUGAACAAAGAGAUGUCUUGGAAUUUGUCCUAUAUUAUCCUUGGGCUUCUGAACUCAUUAAUCAGAAGGAUAAGAAUGGAAACACUCCACUCCACCUGUAUGCUGCUACCCAAAACUUAGAUGGAAAAAGCCUUGUAAAUCACCCUUGUGUGGAUAUCAAUUCUUUCGAUAAUUUGAACUCCACGCCUCUAGACGGAUUAGUACCAGAAGAUAAGCUUUCAGGAAGACAGAUUUUAAUCAGGGAUGAGUUGCGGCGAGCAGGUGGCUCUCCAGGUUAUCGAAAUUUAGCCACUGUAAAGAAGAAUUUACGAUCAUCGAAAACUGAUGAACAACAGGAAAGACUGGCAGGGACUUAUUUGAUUGUGGCCACACUGAUUGCAACAGUCACUUUUGCGGCCGGUUUUACUGUCCCAGGUGGAUACAAUAGCAGCGGUGGCCCAAACCAAGGCAUGGCAGUUCUAGGAAAGAAAGCAGCUUUUAUUACAUUCGUAAUUUCAGAUUCUUUAGCACUAGUAAUCUCCGUGUUUGCAGUGGCUCGACUACUUCAGUUCGUGCGGAGAAAAAACGCAAGGUCAAAAUUGUCUCAGCUAGAUGGCAUUCAGUCUGACAUUUUUACUGCUAUCACACUAAUGCUGAUAGCAUUUGUCGCUGGCUUGUACUCAGUGCUACAGAUCUUGAGCCUCAAGAUUGUGAUGUGCGUGCUUGCUGCUUUCUUUGGCUUUCAGAUACCACUGAUGUAUUUUGCGGUCAUUCCGAAAACAAAGACUUAUAUAUCUACAUUCAGAAAUACUGAAGCCGACCGUUCCUUGAGUAUAGGUAGAUUCGGAUUUUGGUGUCAGGACUUAACUGAAGCAGAUUAGUUUGUGCUAGUAAAUUUGUCACCUAAAAACUACUACUAGCACGUACUACAUGGGUAUCAUGCUUUUCUGCAUUAUUUGGAGGCUUUGAGCUAUGGAAACCAUUUGACCAUUUAUCUAAUACACUAUUUUCAGUAUCUGUUUAUUCCCUCUGUA